CUGCUCUUCGGGACGGCGAUCGCAUCGCUGAAAAUGUUCCAAAUUUGUCGGUUUUGCUUGUGCCAGGACGAAACGUUACUCAUUCCACUAGAGGAUAUAUUGGAUUUCGGUCUUGCCUUCCCAAAUGUAAUCGCAGUUACGGGAAUAGAGAUAAAUGAGGACAACAUAGCAUCAUACGCCAUGUGCUUGGAAUGUACAACCAAAUUGAAAAGCUCUGUCGCCUUCCGGAAUUGCUGCCUAAGCAAUGAGUCUCACUUUCAAGAGCUUUGCGCUGUUCUGUCUGCCAGUUUUAAAGAGACUCGUAUCAAAAUUAUCGACACAAUCCAGUUAUCGGACAACUCCGAUGAAUCGAUGGACUUGGAUCUAGACUUUCUAGACACGAAUAUCGACGAUUCUCUUGAAAUCAAUGAGGAGCUCUCCCAAAAUGAAAAUGUUAUUGACGAGUGUGAUGAAACUGCGCAAAGCAGCGAUUCGGAUGAAGAGGAAUUCUCGUACUCUGCCAAUUAUAUACUGCCGGGAGAGAUUUUAUAUUCCGACGGUGAGGAUAUCGAAUACUGGAUUGAUUGGGAUAGCAGCUUGAAUCCUUCAGUUCCACCGCCCGACCCAUACAUACUUGACAAAAGACAGCGUAAAAACAAACUUUGCGACAUAUGCGGCAGGAUGGUCAAAUACAUUCCAAGCCAUGUUGAAGUUCAUAAAGAAGAAUGCACAUACAGUUGUGAACAAUGUACAGCAAAAUUCAAGCAAAAAAACAAUUUGAUACAACACAUAAAAACUGUGCACUUGAAAACAGUUACGAAAACUUGCGAGAUAUGCGGCAAAGGAUUCGUUCACCACAAAACGUACAGAUAUCACAUGCUUACUCAUCAAGGUGAGGGGAAAACCUUCGAAUGCUUGGAUUGUUCGAGAACGUUUUCGAAUUCUGUUUACUUGAGGGAUCACAUUAACAGGCUGCAUAAUGCAGAUAAACAAAUGAAGAAAAAGGAUUCAGGAGACCGAAUUCGAAGGAAACGAAGCAGAUCCCACACUGUGAUCGAACAAAUCAACGAUCAAGUGGCAUAAUUUGGAUGGAUAUGUGGCUUCAUAUUCGUUUUCGUACUUGGACUGCCCUUUUUGAAAGCUAAUCAAACAGGAGUGAGACCCGACCGUUUUACACAAAUAAUAAAAUAUCAAGGGUAAGUUGUUCAAGGGAUGAGAAUUCGUACAAAUUGGAUACAAACCAGACAUAGUUAGGUGUGCUUUACUGGCGUUUAUUCAUCUACAAUGGAAUCAAGCCUUCAUUAGCAUUUCACUUGUAGCUAGUGUCUGGCCGUGAUCCGUGAUCCGAUCUGCCCGAGCUGACGAAACCGGUUGCAUGUCGUUGAUAUCGUUAGAGGUUUUCGAAUACAUUCGUUACAGUUCCUGGAUAUUUCCUCAGGGUUUCUAAUAGUUUUCCAUUGGUAUUUCA